AUAAUUUAAAUGUUUUAUAAAAAAAAAAAUAGGCCUGAACUUUUAUUAUGUGAAUAUUGGCAAUAAGGUGGCGAUGUUUGCUGCACGCGUGGUUUGGAACAGGGCAUUUGUUAUACAAUGUACAUACCUGCUGAACAUGCUGAAUUUUGUAUUCAUGUAAACAUGGCACUAAAUGCUGGUUUAUACUAUGGAAAAUAUAUUAACUUUGAUUCUAUGUUCUCUAAAAAUGGCUAAAAUUAUAAUCCAAAACUACAACAGGCAAUUAGACGUACUCUGACUCUGUUGUCAUCCGUGGUGACAUCAGUUUCAAAAACAUCAAACAGGAGAGACUGCUUUCCAAAAUUGGACAAUCCGAAAGGGCGGGAAGAUACCAACUGUUUUUGAAAAAUGCAUGUUUGACCCGAUGCCUCGCUACAGAGUCAGUUUGUGAUAGGACUCAUGUGCAAACGUUGUGUGCCUUGUGACAAGUGCCGAGGAAAGCAUUGUGGGCAGUAGGCACCUGCUGAAGCUAAGUCACCUUGAUUGGUUGGAGCAGCUGGGAAGUGUACAGUGCAGCGAUACGUGCGUGCAGGAGUAUAGUGCGGCUUUGAAAAUGUGAAAUCCUCCAGCUUGCACACAUACAUACUAUUACUUACGAGACGCUGUGUGGAGCACUUAGUAUCAACAGAAAAAUGAGCUGGAAUCAAGAUGUGAAGGUACGAGCGGGAGCAUCUUGCUCUUGGAACUUCCAGAACUUUUAGGUUUUAGUGAAUCUUCGAGCGAUAUUAUCCAAUCGUUAAGUUUGUUGAAUGAUCAAGGAGUUGGAACUGUCAAACUUUAAAUUGAUCCGCGGUCAGACGAACAAACACAGGAGAGACUGCUUUCCAAAAUCUGAAAGGGCGGAAAGAUAUCAACUGUUUUUGAAAAACGCAUGUUUGACCCGAUGCCGGUCAGACGAACAAACAAAUUUGGAAUUUUGGAGUGUCUGCCCAGAAAGAUUUCAACGUUGAAAUUGCAGCAACUGAAUCACUAAAAGUGAACCACCAACCACCUAAACUACUUAAACAUUCUCAGAACCUGAAGACAUUAAGCUGUCCACCGCAAUGUUUUCGCCAAACAAUAACUCGCAGAAUGGCGAGCGGAAAUCGACCGGCCAGAUUGGUUUGACCGUCUCCAAACCUCAGAGGUCAUCCUCAACGGCCUCGCUGAGCAACCAAGUGUUUGGCAAGAUCCUCAUCAUCGGUGAAAAGCUGAGAUUGAGUUUUCACAACUGCAGUCCAGCAAUGGUUAAGGACAGACGUUACCACCUCCGAAUGUACCCAAAAUGCUUUGUGGGCAGCGAGGCUGUUGAUUGGCUGAUCAAACACGGAAGCGUCAAAGACAGACCAGAAGCGGCCGCAAUGCUGAGCAUACUGCAACGGCAUAACGUUAUUCAUCACGUGUGUGACGACCAUCAUUUUAAAGACACCUACCUGUUCUACCGGUUCAGGGUAGACGACAGUACCCUACCUCUGAGCAGAGAAACAGAGCUGUACAUCAAAGGACAUCAGCUGUGUCACGAACAAACACGACUUGGCAAUGGUUCCAUCAUGAAGCUACAUAAUGAUUUUGGCGCCAUGUAUGAGAAGAGUUUUUACGGCACCCAGUUGGUGAACUGGUUGGUGACGAGCGGCAAGUGCUCAACGAGACAAGAAGCCAUCGGCCUGGGCAAGGAUCUCCUGGAGCUCGAUCUUAUCCAACAUGUUACAACGGAGCAUCACUUCAAAGACGAAAGACUCCUGUACAUCUUCCAUCCCGACUUCAUCCAGCUGAAGAUCAUUGACCUCUUGGAGAUGCACGAUCGACCCAGAAGUCUCUCCCUGGACACCAACAUGCCCACCCAGAAUCAGAAACUCCUGUCGCCCAGCCAGCCCGUCCGGCCCAAGUCCCCCCAGGUCAUGGAUGUUCCAGUCAUCGCGGAGAAUCGGCCCAAGUUCCAGAUUGGUUCCCCCGAACGGGAGGACAGCAUGAACUUUACGUCAGAAUCAGAUAAUGAGGACGUGUCCAGUUCGGGGUCGCAGGAUGUCCACGGGCCAAGCAUGCUGCUGGCAGGGUUUAGCCCAACGGCCGAAGAAAUGAAGAACCCGGAUGCGACCUGUAUCAGACAGACCGUCAAAAUUCUGGGUGAUUCCGUAGGGUUCGGGUUUGUCGUGCGAGGUGACGGUCCUUCUUAUGUACAGACAGUAGAUCCUAGUGGUCCCGCCGCCAAGGCAGGCUUAAAGACCGGACAGUUCCUUUACUUUGUCAACGGCGAGUAUGUGUUGAACAAAGCCCACGUUGAAGUGGCUCACAUCAUCCUGAGAAAUCCCCACCAACUGACAAUGGAUGUACUGGUUCCCAGACACCAGGUGAUCAAGAACAGGUGAAUAAACAGGUGCUGACGAGGUAGUCAACGUACGUAACAAGUGGCAGGUUCUAUGGAGCUGCUGAGCCAAAAAAUAUUGUAAAACUUGAACAAAGAAAUUGAAUGGAGCAGGGUUUGAUCCCGCGACCUCCGUAAUACUGCACUGGUGCUCUACCAACCGAGCUCAUCACCAGCCUUAGGUCCCGGGUUCAAAACCUGUUCAAUCAUCUCUUUGUUCAAAUUUACAGUUAUUACAGCUUCCUGUUGUGGUUUAUUUGAUGCCAAGAAAGUGAUUGGCAAAGGCGAGUAAUCCACAAAAGUUAUGUUAAUUUUACCAAAACCCGCCUGUAUUUUUGGAUUUUUUUUCAUAAAAUGUCAAUUGGUACUGUAGCAAAAUAUAGUAUUUCCUACUUUAUCAGUGCUGUGAAAAUGAACCUUCCUGUACAGGCUGGGAAAAAUAUGAGAUUCAUAGACAGUUUUGAUAUGCACUCAAGUACUUUUCGUCUUUUUUUACCAUUUUUUUCUUGUCGUUCAAUUGCGAUUAAGCAUGUACAUGAAAAUGCUGCUGAAAGGAAGGUACAUUUUAAAAUAACUUGUAAACUCAAGCUCAGGUUUUGCCCUUCAACGACGUAUUGUUUAUAAAUACGGUAUACAGGCAUGUAAAUUUUCCUCGGAUCAGCUGAUUUCCUCGUUUUUUACUUCCCAUGUGCACCAUUGAAAAUAGAAAAACACUGCACAAAGUCUGGGAAAAUUUUGAAUUUCCUCUUUUUUUGUGAUUUCCCAGUUGCACACCUGGGUAUAGUAUACCAAGUGUUGUCCAGAGUAAUUAUGAGAAAGAAAAAACUACUCCGGUGGGACUUGAACCCGCUAUCUCCUGCUUACUAGUGCAGAUGUCUUACCACUUGCCGGUGUCUGUUGGCUGAUAUAACAGCGUUAGCCACAACCAAACAACACAGAGUACACAAUUUUUAUAAUAAAAAAAUGUCGGUGAAGGGCAAAACCCAAUAUUGAAUUGAUAUCACCCGACGCAAACAAAUUCCAUCUUAUAAAUAACUUGUAAACCAGACCAAGAGUCAUCUAUCAAAUUUCUGUAUUUUCUAAAAGAUGGGAAAUAUGUUAUGUUUUGGGACAGAUGAGAUAAAGAAUCACCUCUUGACUUUCUAUAAAGCUUAGAAACUUUGUUAUAUAUACUGUAAUAAAUUGUGUCUUUGCCUUGUAAUGGCUUUUGGAGGGUGAAGGGGGGGGGAUAGAAGAGAUUAAAAAUAUUACCGCUACAGGUUCAAUUUGAGGGGAGACGUGCAUUAUACUUCAUGUGUGUGAAUUUGUACAAACUUUUCUCGACAAUUUUGUUUUGUGCCACAAAAAUUCAAAAUACUCAUGCUGCCAUAUUACCUCAGUAUAAAGAAUAUUGGCCUUUUACUCUUUUUUUUCCAAAAAUGUAAAAUCAACUGUGUAAUUUGUAUUUUAAUGUCAGUUUUUAUAAUUCGUAGCUGACAAUCUUAGUUAAAGUAUUCUGAUGAUCAGCUUUUGUUUAAUAUCUUGUUCUAGAGUCUAUAUAAAACAACAUUGUAAAUAUGUCUAUGAUUUCUCCGAAUUUUAUGAGAUUAGUUUCUGUGCCUCCAGAAGUAAGUUUUUCUGACUUUUAAAUGAAAUACCUCACUACAAAAAAAAGGAACAUUUUAUUCUUAUUUUUUAAGGGCACUGAAUAUCACAGUUUAUUUCUUCUUUUUUAAGGCACUUAAGUUCACAUUUUACUGUGAAAAGAGAUGUUUUUUUUCCUAAAGCUUGUUCCAAGAUAUGGUAAAUGAACAAGUUUUUUUCCUUUGUUUUUCUUACCACCGUUGGCACCAGCUUUCGCCACACACUCUGCUUUCGAUUGCACACUCAAACUCUUAAUAAUAUUCUGAGUUUAAGAUGUACAAGAUGUCAAGUUUAAUGUAAAUUUUAUUGCAUUUCAAGCUCGUAAUAUGAUUUUUUUUUUUUUUGCUUCCGCGCUGAUUGUUACAGUUGUUUUGAACUAGAACUGCAAGUUAACCUUAAUAUUUCAGAAGUGCCACUCAGGAUUUUUUGGUCUCAGAAUUUAAGACGGCAAACUUUCCUUUUUUUAUCUUUUGCUGAUCGGAAUGAGUAGUCAUACAUUUUUGUAUUUUACAGUCGUUGUUACUUUAACGAGAUUCUUUUCAGCCACAAGUCUUAUUUGCCAGUAUCUCUAAAUGGAAUGAACUAUUUAGAAAUAAAAGACAACGAAGGACGUGAAUCCACGUAA